UGGUAGAAAAAACAUCUCAAUAUCACAUAUCUUUUGCAAAAAAAAAGAGAUGCUCUCGCCUUUCUCUUCGGCUUCUGGCGAAAGUGCGGGAAAUCCUGAUCGCCCUUGCGUCGGUGAUUAUGGCUACGUGCAUUAGCAACCAACGACAAACGCGCAACUCGGGUUAUCUUUGGGCGUCUAAAAACAUAUCGCCGUCUUCCGGGCUCCCAGGCGGCGGGCUUGGCAAGAAUGUCAUCUUUGCUUUGCAUCCACGCAGACAAUUCGGACCCUCUGUGAUGCAUGGUCAUGGAGCCCUAAACAAUCAAGAAUGCCACUCCAAAAUAAGGAGUGGUAAACGAAAAUUGGAACCCUACCAGACUCUGCUCAGUGGUUCUAUCAAGCGGAAACGUUUAGCGAAGAAGCCCUUGUGGUGCUUUAAGCUUCCGUCUUCAAUGGAGAUGGCUGAUGAGGGAGAGGUUCUGGUAUUGCCGCCUGUGGCGGCGCCGGAUGAAUCCUUGAGGCCUCAAUCUAGGAUGGAUGAAAAAUCUCCACCUGCGAAUGGUCGCUCUGAUGGAGACGAGAAACCCCGAAUUGGGGAGGUGACCCUGUCAGUCGGGACCGGAUACGGAUCACCGGCGAGACCCUGAGCUAUUUUUCAGGUUCAAGGUCUCUGGAAGGAGGGGAAAAAAGGGAUGAUUACAGAUUGCAAUCUCAAUCCCGCUAUCCGGGGAAUCCCUUAUUUUUUAAAUUAUCUUAUUUUUUCUAAAAAAUACCGAGUACCAAUAAGACUCCUCAAAAGCUAAACCGAGUAGGAAGACUUGGACUGUGGAACGUCUUGACACGCCUUUACUGUAACACUAGAAAAUGGCCAAGUGAAACCACCUACUAGAGCGUAGUAUAACGGUUUUGGGUUUUAAUGUCAACCCGAGUCCUAAGUGUGCUAUCUACUCUGUGAAUCCUUAUUGUUUAGCGGUUUAAACAUAGUGAAUGUCUCAGUAAACAAACAAGCAUAAUAGUAAAAGGUUUUUUUCAAGUUGAGAGAGGUCUAGACUGGAGUUAAGCCAGAUUGUAAUUUACCAAGUUCGAAUUCAAAGAUAGUUAUACUGCGGGAGGUUCUUAAACAGUCUGCAAUCUCGACUAAAGGUCUCCAGAGCCUCUCAAUCUGAGUCCCCAACGGGCGACUUACCUCCACCGGAGUAAACAGAUUGAGGCCCUAUCUAACCAAACCUCCUUUACCGAAGUAAAUCCGGUACAGAAUAGUGAAUUGACUCCUUGACUAAAGUCGUCAAUUCACUACCGUCAAUCAAGGGUGCUCUAUCAACCUAGGCAGAUAUUCUCUUUCUAGGUCAAAGCAGAAACAACAAGAAUUUGAUCAGGAUUCAUGCCAUUCAAUAAAUCAGACCUCAAUUGAAUAUAAUCAAAUCAAUGGAUUCAUACUUGGGUUCAUACAAUCAGACCUAACAUACAAAUCUAGGAUUAUUCAUACCCAGGUAAAUGUGGAAGUUACUCCAUGGAGAGAGAAGCAAACUCUAGCUCAGAAGCAGAAAACAUGUUGUGAAGAAUGAGGUUCUGCUUCUGGUUGUCAAUCGGCACUUCUCCAAGCGUUAUCCGGGCUCCACUAAUGAUGAAGAUUGAUUUAAGGCGCUUGGGAAUUCUGGUUCGUCGCUUUCUCUCUCUAGGUAUCACUUUCUUUCUCUAAAACUCGGAACCCUUACAAAAUUGGCCUUCUUUCCCUUAAAAACCAGCUAUUCGCGAUCCCCGGCCAUAAUCCCUGGUCGGGUAUCUCGGGUGCCCGACCGGGGAUUUCGAAACGCAGCUCAGUGGUACAGGGGAUAAUACCCAAUCUAGGUCAAGAAUACCCGAUCGGGUAUUUUUGCUCUCUAGCCGGUACCCAUUCUGCCUUCUGGGCGUCCAAAACUGCUUUUCCCCGGCCUCCUCAGAAUUUUACCUGGCCGGGUAUUUUAACUCUUGGCCGAGUAUUUUGCUCUUCCAGCAGCCAUCAACUCAAACUUUCUCUUUUCGACCCAAAACUCGUUUCCUCGCCUUAAUGUCAACGCCAAGCCCUGAAAUAUGACACAAACACACAACCUAGCGUGAAAUCGGCUUAAAACACGAGAAUCUCUUCUCCAACGGCUCAAGAAUAGGGGUAUAAACAUGUGUAAUUAUU